GAAAGGUCAACCGUGUCGAUGACGUCGUCUGUGGCAACGUUAUUCGCUUGUGCAUUCGGGCGGUUGAAAUAGUCUCUCGAUGACUACUGAUGCUUGCGUGUCUGAGGUCUAAGUCUGCCGGACGGCAACCAGAAGAGAAGAUACAAGAAUUUCCGAAGUCAGUCCGUAAGGAUAGUCGCUUAAGGAAGUUCGCAAGGCGGGUUGUUCGUUUUUUCAGUCAGCCGCUGCCCCCUCGGCUCAGCUGGACAGUCAGGCAGCUUGAUCGACCCGAAGAUUCGUUUGACUUUCUGAAAUACGAGUGGAAUAAUUUCACCAAGAUGCCGAGGGCGGAGUCGCCCACGUCGAAACAAUUCCUUCACAUGUCGGAGGUUAUAAUGGAGAAUGGUUACAUGCUGGGGCCGAAGAUUGGUUCGGGUAGUUACGCGAAGGUUCGACUGGUCGAGAGAAUUUCGGAUGGGAAGAUCCUGGCAGCGAAGGUAAUUGAUCGAGAGAAGGCCCCCGCGGAUUAUGUUCAGGACUUUAUGCCACGGGAACUGGAGAUUGUGCAGAGCAUCAAACACGAGCACGUGGCUCAAGUCCAGGAGAUCAUCGAGACUGACAAAUCAGUGUUCAUCAUAAUGGACUACGCUCAGAAGGGAGACUUGCUUGAGCACAUCAUGAACAAUGGUGCGCCCAAAGAGAAGGAGACAAAGAAAAUGUUUCGGCAGAUUGUCAGCGCAGUAAACUACCUUCAUGAAAUAGGGGUCGUGCACAGGGACUUGAAAUGCGAGAAUAUACUCAUAAAGAAAAAUAUGGAUAUAAUUAUCAGCGAUUUCGGCUUCUCUCGUAGGUUUGAUCAGAACAAUAAGCCCAGCAAGACCUUUUGUGGGAGCGCGGCCUAUGCUUCUCCUCAGCUGAUAAAAGGAACUCCUUAUGAUCCUCGUCAGAACGAUGUAUGGAGUUUAGGGUGCAUCUUGUUCAUAUUGACCUGUGGAUCUAUGCCGUUUGAUGACAGCAACAUCAAGAAAAUGGUACAGAGACAGAAGGAUGGGGUUUGCUUUCCAUCCAAGGUCAAGGAUAAGAUCAACCCUGAUGUCAAGGCUUUGAUAAAGAGAAUACUGGAGCCAGAUACUACCAAACGGUAUACCACAACCGACAUUUUGAACAAUAUCUGGCUUUGCUCCCAAACUGAAAGUAAGGAAGACGAAGAGCGGGCCCAACCAUUUUCUUUGCGCUAGUGUGUUUUUAUCUGAGUUAAUCUUCACCGUUAUGCAUAUACACAUCCUUGCAUGAUCUCAGUUUGCUUGGAUUCACUACUAAAUCAGACAAACAUUAUAUAUCUAUUAAAUAUUCCUUUGUAUUGUUUUCGGGUUAACAUUUCAUGCAAUGCCAGGAUGAGCAUUUAGCUACGUCAAACAAGGUGUAUCUGUAAAAUAGAAACAAUUUUUUAAAAGAUCAUGUUCUGUUUGGACGCAGUAUUUUUUUCUUAAUUCAUCAAUGGACGUUGUUGGAACUUUUUUCAAAUUUCCAUGCCCGGUUGAAUGAUUAUUUGUAUAUAUGUCAUUUAGAAAGUGGUCAAAUGGAACAAAUGUUAUAUUUUGGAAAUCACUUUCUUGGUAAAGUACAGAUUCUUGUACUU